AUGGUGUCGCCGCCGCCGCCGCCUCCCCGUCGCCUCCCUCCGGUCCUCGGCCCGCCUCUGAGGAGCCCGCGGCCGCGCCGGUUCCUCGGCGGAGGUGCCAACACCCCCGGGGCCGUCGGGGCCCGUCGGUCCCGUCAGCCGCCGCCGCCCCCCGCACGGGGGAACACCGGCCCGGUCCGGCCGAGUGGGGGUGGGGCCCCGGCUCCGCUGCCCGCUCCGGCUCGGGGCCUCCUCGGCGCCCCGCCGCGCCCCGCUCCUGCGGCCCACUCGCGCUCGCUCGCCGGCCCGCCGCUCGCCCGCGAACCCCUCGCCGACUCCUGGCAGCCUCCACCACCAGCGGACGACUCCUGCUCCGCGGCCUCUCUACCCCAGCCUCGCUCUGGGCGCCGUGACGUCACCUCUGUGACGUCAUCCGAGAGGCGGGCCUGGCGGCGAGAGGCGUGGGGCGCCGCCGCUCCGUGCGCUUUCCCGGGGACUUCUGGGAGUUGUAGUUCCUCUUCUACCCUCCCAGACCUCUGGCCCCCUCCCCGAACUUCCCCACACGCUUCAUCGCUCAACUGCAAAUGUGUUAUCACCAUCACAAACGCUAAUAGUGUACUGGGCCACCAUGUCAAGGAUCAGCGUGGAGGCUCAAGGCAGGAAGGCCAGAAACCGCUCAGUGCUAACGCCCUGGUCCUACAGAACGAGGCCACUUUACACGCCGGAGUCUUCCUCCAUCCAUUCAGUCUUUGAACACUUACUGUGGAUCACAUCCCGACCAAUCAAGGCCUUGGUUGUAUGGCUCCACGGGAACAGACAAAAACUGGUC